GUGUGCUCAAAGCACAGCUAUUCAGUCACAGACUGAACAGUCAGAGUUUCUGUCAGAGAGUUGGGCCUUAUUUCCAACAUUUUCUGUUCAAUUGCUUUUCCUUGAGCACUCUGAAUAUGCUUCAACUUUUCUUUGGAUUUGUUUAUCUCUCGGCAGUUUCACAGCUUGUGAGUCUCACAGGUGCACAAGCUGAAUGUCCUGUUCAGCUCAACCCACAGAGAGUUGUUGUGAGAUACGGCGGUUCUGUUGCAGCUAACUGUAACACUUCAGUCCUGCAUAAAGGGAUGGGAUGGGAAGCCAGUCAGGGAGGAGUGCCCAUGACCAAAAACCAGAGUCUGAUCACAUGGAGAUUAAAGACGAUAAGUUACACACUCCUGAUCCGUCCAGACAGAGCUGAUGAUGGAGCUCAAUACAGGUGUGAAGCAGAGCUGGAUCUGGGAGCAGAAGGACCUCAACCUCAUCCUACAAUUUCAUCAAAACCUCUUAAUGUCGAAGUAUACUAUAAACCACAACACUCCAGUUCAACAGAGACCAUCAUUAAAGACGAUAAGGUCAUGCUAGAUUGUACAGUGAAGGCAAACCCGGCUCCUACGUACACAUGGCGCUCAGAUCAUCUGGAAGAGAAGAUCAGCUCCUCAGAGCUCAAGUCCUCAGCACUCAGUCCAGGAAACUACACGUGCACCGCCACAAACGCUCUGGGAAGAGACAGCAAAGUGUUCAUCGUCAAAUCUACAGGUAUUCGUCCCACAUUCUGGACUGUUCUUACUUUUUUCCAGUUGUCGGUUGCAUUGAUUAUUAUCAUUUAAUUAAUAGUCACACAACAGAGUUAAUUAGUCACAGUAUUGUAUUUUCUUUCUUUCUACUCUGCUGGGAAUUCAUAAAAAUGUGUUGACUUGUAGUGGUUCAUCAGCCAUGCAUAUGAAGUCAGUGGGAACCACUACAACACAUCACUUUUAUUUAUAAAUAAAUUCCUGCCUUUAGAUGUUAGCAUGAAAUUAACAUAUGACAAUAACUGGAAAGUGUAUUUUCACGAAUGUUCAUUUGGAUUUUUUACUUCUUUUUUUACUGUUCUCCUAAGCUUUUCCUCACUGCUGUAUGACAAAUUCAUUUUACAGAACAAACAUUCCAUUUUGUCUCUUAAUUAAUAUGAGGGUAUAUAAAGUUGCAAGUUUGAAAACAUUACAAUAUUGCAUUAGUAAUAUAGUAUAUGGUCUGCCACCCUGUAACACGGCAUUUAGAAAGAAUUUAGCAUAUAUGUAUAUUCAUUGCACUGUGUAUUCAUUGCACAGAGCAGCUUUUAAAAUUCUUCUGUAAUCAGUGUGAAUGUGAGCUGAGCACAAGAUGAGCACUCAGACUGCACAGGGCGUCAACUACCAAGAGGGACAUCUCAUUUCCCUCGGCCCCCACCUCCAAAAGCUCCCCCCCCCAUGUACAUCCUUUUGGCUAGCGGAUGCCCUUCAGGAUGUUUUGCAAAACACAAGAAAAUUUAUUUUGAGUGGUUGAACAGCAGCAAAAUAAAUGUUGAC